AAAAGAUUAUUGAAAUGUUUAUUCAGAAUACGUUAGACUCGAAACAAUUAAAUGUGGCUGGAUGGCUUAGUCUUCUUCUUAAUCUGUCCUUCGAAAAUAAUUAGUGGUAGUCAACUAAUCAUUAAUUCGUAGCAUAACUAUUUUUCCAUAUUUCAUUUGGCGCCAAAUAAAUUACCAUUGAUGGUCUCUCCGUUUACCACUUGGUCAGUUACAAAUUUACAAACAAAAUUAACUUCGACUAUUCCUAGUUCCUACACUACCCUUUAUUCACAUUAUAGGUCUAAUUUCUCUCACGAGGAUGUGAUCGUCUUUACGAAAUAUAAGUAAUUUAUUUUAUUCACAAUGACCAUUAGCUAAGACAAACCAACUAAGUCCAGUCGCCAUUUGGCAUAUUGCACGGUCUUGAUUGCCUUUCCUAUUUAAGUAUUAUCUUUUAGUAAAUAUUUUACUUAUAUCGCAAAAUGAAAAUACUUAAAGACGAUAAAGUUCAUGAGUUUUGCUGCCAAACAAACGAGUAGUCAUUAGAAAAUUAUUGGAUAUGGUUCUACAAUCAACUUACGUUCGCUGGUAAAUAUUGUCUAAUAAGCAACAAUGGCGUCGUAUAACGUAUAUAUAAUAGGAAAUGAAAUGAGAGGAUUUUGGAGAAAUAUCGAUCUGAAAUUUACUGACUAAUAGGCUAUAUGUGCAUAUAGUAUUCAAUUAAAAUAUCGAUACGUUUUAGUUAUCAGAUUUUGUAGUCUUCUUAAUCAGCUUCCUUUUAUUAUUUUCUUUUAACUUUAAAUGGAUAUAAAUUUUUUUCGUUUAAUUUUUAAUUUUUUUAAAAGAAAAUAUAAGAAAUUAGUAUAAUUUAAUGGGUAAUUAAUUCAUUAGCCUAUAUAGCAACUGAUUAAGCUCUCUCAUAUUCCUUGUUACUAGCUAGCUAAACUCUCUCCUUUGUGCUCUCCUCUCCAUUCUAUUAAUCUUUUAUUUUUCCUCUAUGGAGCACAGACGCCUUGUCCACGGAGCUGCGCCUCCGUUGACCGCCGUGGAGAGAUUCUUAUACGGCCAAAAGAAUGAUACCUUGUGUCCCAAGAAACAAGAUUGUUCUAGAGACCGACACCCACCGAUCAUGAAGAAGACAAAGGCGAUUGAGACCAAAAACGACAACAAAGAGAACCUCACGUUUGGUCCGAGGAAGGCUAAAUAUUUGGUCGCUAAUGGCAGAAUCUCUAUCGGGGACAUGGUCGUUAAAGAUGCAACCAGAGAUUAUCAAAACCCUACGAAGAAGCGACCAUGCAAGAAUAUUAUCAAAGGGCAAUGGACGGCUGAAGAAGACAGGAAGUUGAUAAGGUUAGUGAGGCAACUUGGGGAGAGGAAAUGGGCAAUGAUCUCGGAAAAACUUGAGGGAAGAGCAGGCAAACAAUGUCGUGAGAGAUGGCAUAAUCAUCUCCGUCCUGAUAUCAAGAAAGAUGGAUGGAGUGAAGAAGAAGAAAUGGUUCUUGUAGAAGCACACAAAAGAAUUGGGAACAAGUGGGCAGAGAUCGCUAAACUCAUACCAGGACGCACCGAGAACUCUAUCAAGAAUCACUGGAACGCGACUAAACGACGCCAAAACUCAAAACGCAAACAAAAACGUCGUCAAUCAAACGCGGAUAACGAUGAUAGCGAUCUCUCUCCAGCAGCUAAAAGGCCAUGCAUUCUCCAAGACUACAUCAUAAGCGUCUACAAUAAUGUCGAGAACAAGGCCAGUGACGAUAAUAAGAAUGAGAACUCCAUCAGUGUACUUUCUACACCGAAUCUUGAUCAGACCUAUUCGGAUGGAGAUUCUACAUCAUCGGUUCUUGGCGAUCCAUAUGACGAAGAGCUAGUUUACCUACAAAACAUCUUUGCAAACCACCCGGUUUCUCUUGACAACAUUGGUUUAAACCAAACUUCUGACGAGGUAAACAUGAUCAAGAACCCUAGCUCGCACAAAAGUGUAUGGACUCAUCAUCAGGAUCAGGCAAUGGUUGCGGUUCCUGAGAAUAAACCGCACCUUGCGUCUGAUAUCUACUUGUCUUACUUGUUGAAUGGUACGGCGUCGUCCUACUCCAACCCGCAUUUUCCGUCUUCCUCAUCUUCCACGUCCUCCACUACCGUAGAGCAGGGAGGCCAUAGCGAGUUGCUUGUGCCUCAUGCUAACUCUACAGGCGAAAAAAGAGAGAUGGAUCUGAUGGAGAUGCUCUCUGGUUCUAUUCAAGGUGGCAAUAAGUGUUUCCCAUUGUUCUAGCUGCCAACAUGAUCAUGGUGAUAUUAUGCGAUCAUUGUUACCAUGUUUGUGGUCAUCCUCUAUCUUUCUCUUUGGUUACUUUCAUAAUUUAUGUUCUUAAAACUUUCUAUAGAACAUAAAAUUCAAGUUUCUUCUCGUAUCAAAAUAAUUAUUAGGGUUUAUAUGCUUGUUUAAUCUCUAGCUGAAUGUUUUCUUCAAUUUAUAGUUUUAUCCCUUUAUCAUUAUUAUUUGUUCAUUUCACAUUUUGUUCAAAAAAUUAAAGUGGUUUGUUUAAGCUAAUGGUUAGUGCGAGAUUACUUCCCACUUACGUUAUAAAAUUGGUUAAAUCAAAAUAUAAGUCGUUCAUUAAUGUAGUUGUUUUAGCUAGAGGUUAGUGUGAAAUUGAUUCCCACACUUACGUUAUGAAAUUGGCCAAUCUAAAGAUAAAUUCAUUAAUUCAAUUAAAGUUAUACUCAGUAUAACUACCAGACUUUUAUUCGAGAGAGUUGAACAAACUUAAACAAACAAUGUCACAAAAAUGCAUAUAUAAU